UAUUUAUAUAAAAAUUAUUUUUGGAGUCAAGUUUUUUAUACAAAGUAUUGCCAACAUAAAAACGAUAAAAAUUAGACAUUUAUUUUUUCCCUAUGUACUUGUCACUAACAUUUCGGCAGUUGCCAUCCUGCCUAUUGUUGGCGCCAAUUUAUUGUGCAACCAUAUUUGUAUCAGUCUUUUCGUCUUUUGUGUCUUGUGUUAGUUCUUUUAACCGUAUUUCUUUGUAACCGUUAUUCCGAGUUCUUGCUUUAUUUUACAGAACUUAAGUUUUUAUUAAUUCUUUUGUGUCGUUAUAAAAAUGGAUGUUGAUUGUCCUGUUGAUAAUAAUUCAAAUAUGAUUGAAUCCGGAGACCGUUCAGUUUCUUCCACAGAUAUACCACUCACCAGUAAUGUCAAAUUCAAUAAUACACCUUUGGAAGAAAAAAAGAAAAUAAAAAGAAAAAGACUGAACGAGAGUGAGCUUGAAAGUAAACGACUUGCGGAAGAAGAAUAUAAUCGUGAGCAACAUGAACAAAGAUACAAGCGAUUGAUGCACUUGUUGAAUAAAAGUAAAUUUUAUUCAUCAUUUUUGGUAAAUAAAAUUGAAAAACAAAGGAAUGUCAAGAAGAAAGGCAAAUCUGUUGUUAAUGAUGAAAAUAUACCACCACCACCAAAGAAGAGAAGGAGCAUAAGAAAACAGACGGAUUCAAAAAAAUAUAAUGUACAAGAUUAUAUACUUCCAGAAGUCAAGAAAAUGCAGACUAAAAAGGAUCUAAAAAGUCUAAGCGAAGAGGAGAUAGAAGCAGAAUUGUCUGCAGAUUCAGACACUGAAAUGAAAUCACCUACUGAAAUAAAUUCACCUAUUGUGCAAAACACUUUUGUUAAACCAAAAUACUUUCAGGGAGAAUUAUAUGAUUAUCAGCAAGAGGGUUUUGAAUGGUUAAAGGUGCUUUAUGAGAAUGCCUUGAAUGGGAUUCUAGCUGAUGAAAUGGGUCUCGGAAAAACAAUACAAGUGAUAGCCUUGAUAAGCCAUCUUAUAGAGAAGAAACAAGCAGGACCUUACUUAAUAAUUGCACCUCUUUCCACUAUACCAAAUUGGAUGAUGGAAUUUGAGAGAUUCGCUCCUGAUAUACCAGUUGUGUUGUUUCAUGGUCCAAAAGAUGAAAGAGAGUCUAUAUAUAGAGAAAUAAGAAAUAAACACCAUGUUACAGAUGGUUAUAAAACACAGCCUGUUGUAAUAACUACUUAUGAAGUGCCACUGCAGGAAGUUAGAUUUCUUCAGUCUCAGAAAUGGAAAUAUAUAAUAAUAGAUGAGGGACAUAAUAAAAAUUAUAACUGUAUGCUAGUCAAUGUCUUGAAAAAGAUGCAAUCCAUGAAUAGGCUAAUAUUGACUGGAACUCCACUUCAGAAUAAUUUAGCUGAACUAUGGUCCCUUUUAAAUUUCUUGUUACCAGAAAUCUUUGAUGAUUUAGCUGUAUUUGAAUCAUGGUUCGACGUUAAAGAGGUUGAGCAGGAAGGCACCGAAAAAUUUUUGAAGCAAGAAGAGGAGAAACAUGUAUUAUCAUCAUUGCGUGAAAUUUUGAAGCCGUUUAUGUUAAGACGAAUAAAAGAUGAAGUUAAUCUGAAGGUUCCUCCUAAGAAGGAGUUGGUAGUCUAUGCACCACUCACGCAACUGCAACACGACCUUUACAAAGCAGUAUUAAAUCGUGAUUUAGAAACAUUGAGCAAAAUUGAGACAUCAAAUUUAAUUAUAUCGACUGAAGAUGGUAAAAGACCGAAAAGGAAAGCUUUUAUGAGAAGUGGAUACGCAUCUAUUGAAGAUAAUUUCGGAAAUGACAUGUUACUUUGUACUUCGUUUGAUGAAAUCGAAAGUAGCAAUGAUACAAAUAAGUGGCAUGCAUUAAAACCUGAAGACCAACAAAAUUUGUUGAUGUGGAAACAGUAUAGUGAUGUUACAGAGCGUAAUAGGGACUUUUUUAUCCGUAUUAAUUAUCAAAAUAGAAUUCCAAUGUAUAAGAAGAUUGUAAAUCAUCCGUAUUUGGUUCAUUGCCCAUUGAAUUCGGUCGGUUUGCCAAAGAUCGAUGACGAUUUGAUCAGAUCCUCUGGCAAACUUUUAGUGCUAGAUGCUAUGCUGGAAAAACUUAAAGCGCGAGGUCAUAAAAUUCUGCUAUUUUCGACAAUGACUAUGAUCUUGGAUAUGAUUGAAGAUUAUCUCUUAUUACGAAAUUAUAAAUAUGUGAGAUUAGAUGGUAAAACUAAAAUUGAAACAAGGAAAGAAAAUAUUCAAACUUUUAACAACGAUCCGGAUAUGUUCCUGUUUCUUAUAUCUACUAGAGCUGGUGGAGUUGGAUUAAACUUGGCAGGCGCAGAUACUGUUAUUAUAUAUGACAGUGAUUGGAAUCCACAAGCGGAUAUACAAGCUAUGGCACGAUGUCAUAGAAUAGGACAAACCAAACCUGUGGUUGUUUAUAGACUGUGCACUAAGGGAACGGUUGAUGAAGCGAUUAUCAAGCGUGCCGACUCUAAACGUAUUUUAGAAAAAAUAGUUAUGUCAAAAGAAUUGAGCGCAAUGAAUAUUUUAAAUAAAGAGGGUUUAUUACAAAUGAAGCAGCUGAUGGAAUCUAAGGAAUAUAAAGUUGUUACUUCUGAAAAUGAAGUGUUUACAGAAUCAGAGUUGAACACACUGUUAGAUAGAAGCGACUUGAUAGAAGAGAUGAUUGAUAAAUAAAAUCCACAUAAUUUUUUGAAAGAAAUAGAAACGCAGACAAUAAUUACAUAUUAAUUUUACAAUAAUUACAAAUUACAUUGUUUAACAAGCGAAUCUUUGUCAUUCCAUAAAUACAGUAUUGAUUACAUUUUUCAGUAAUAAAAGUUUACUUUCAAUCUUUAUAAUAAUGCAUGUCUUUAUAAUAAUG